AUGACAAGCCUGCCUGUUUUUUGGGGGGCAAGGAACACCCAGUCACUCACACUUCCUGAUGUUACUGUGAAGCCCUCGUCCUCUUUUUUGCCUUUUAUCUACGAAUCCUAUCUUCUAGUUCUCUUCUACAUCUCCUGCACCCUUAUUACUCUUGAAGCUAUGAACUGGAGGAACAAUGGGACACUGCGGAAGGCUGACGUUCUGCCUUGGCUAGCAACCGCCUUCAACAGUUCAGCAAACCUGGAGAAGCAAAAGUACAACAUCUCAUGUUUCUGGGAAACGCAGCCAUUAGGCUGCGUGAGGAUCAGUUGUGUCUUCCAUCAUAGCAAACCUCGUAAUAUAAAUGGACUUUUUUUGCCACCUAGUAGCAAUACCACAUUGCAGUCGGAUGGCCAAGAAGGGACUUUGCAUCCAGCCUGUAGUCAAGAGUCACUCAAAAAUCAGGAGAAUAUUUUAAGACCAAUUCACCCCCCAUUGAUUAUAAACAUUAACCACCAAGAGGAUGAGGAGGAAGAUGAAGAGGAAGAGAACUAUGUUUCUUGUUUGUUGGCUAAGACUGCUGCAGACAUUGAGGAGGAAAGAGCAAUAAAGGAAAUGUGCUAUAAAUCUGGAGAGUAUUACAGGAUUCAGUCUCUUCAGGAGCACCAAUCAAUGAAAAUCGUAUCUUCAGCUCUGGAAGAUGAAUUUCUACCCUUGGAAGCUGUCAAGAGAGAUUUGCAGAGAGGUGAUGGUGAUACAAUUCCUACAACAUUUCAUAAUUCAAAAAGACAAGGAGUGACUUCAGUAUCAUUAGAGGAUAAUGCCAGAAGUGAUCUUAGAACAUUUGAAAAUGGAGGAGGUGAUUGUUUUGUGGCACAGAGAAACAUAUUUGUUGACAGAAAAGGAGCAACAAACCUGACUGAACUGGUAAAGAAACAUCAUUUUAAAGGAGUAAAGAAAAAGAAAUGGAUUUCUGAGGAGACAAGAAACUCACCUAACACAGUAACAGGCAAAGCAAUGCAUGCUUCAAACCCAAAAGUUAAAGAAAAUGCUGCGAGAGCAACUGGAAGAAGGACUUAUUUGAAUUCUUCAGAGCCUGGAAGAUCAUCAUAUGUGUUCUACCGUAAUGUCACAGUCAUCCAAGAACCAAAGCUUAGUGGAUCUAUGGACAAAAAUACUUCAGGACCUUAUAAUGCAACAACCUGGAGGAAAAGAAACCCACGUGCAAAAACAUUCUCUAAGCUGAAAACAACCAUUCAGAGCCAAGAAGAAAUGGAAACAAAUAGAAAGGGAGAGAAAUUUGCAGACAGGAGAAAGAAGUGAAACCAAUGCAUCAAUUUACAAG